GUCGCCACGGAUGAAGAAGUUGAUGAGCUCAGAGAAAUCGAGCGAAGCGGUGACAAUGAGAACCUUGUUACAAAAAUCGAGACCUACAAAGUGCGUCUCUCUAGAGAUGCUCAAGAAAAAGAUGGAUACUGGAACGAAUGCAACAGACUUCUGAGAAGUGUCCCCACCACACGCCAUGUUUUCCACAAGCACUUCGAAAAGUUCACCAAUUGGAUGACUGAUGAUCAGCGAAGGUCGAUGAGCGACAUGAGGGAUUCUGGUAAAUCGUUCGAAGAACUUCGCCAAAAGACAUACGAGUAUUUCGAUACGCUUCCUGAAGAACGACAACAGUCAGUCAGAGAAAGCUACAAAGGACAGUGCCAGCCAUGCGCGGAAAUGCUUGCUAAAAAAACGAGGACGAAGAGGGAUAUCGAUGAGAAGAUCAAUAAACGACUCUCAUGGAUGACGGCGGAUCAGAAAACGAAAGUGAAGCAAAUGUAUGCCGAUGGUAAGCCACAAGCGGAAAUUCGUGCUAAGAUAUUCGAAUACUUGAGCGAACUAGAAGGUCCUGCAGGUGCGGCCGCAAAAGAGCAGACGCGAAAGGAAUGCUACAAAUGGAUGGAUGACGUUGCUACAGAGGAAGAGAUAGCUGCUCUUCAUAAAUGCAUGAGACAGAUCACGAUGGAUGCAAGAAAAGUACGCGAAUUCAUCGAACGACUGCCGGCAACAAAGAAGAUCACGAACAUCAUGGCCAUCAUCACCGUCGUCACUUGGCUGCGAGACGUCGACGUCAUCUACAUGUAUGCUAUUGACAAGUUCCUCGACUGGCUGACUCCUGAUCAGAAGAGUGAGCUGGAGGGAAUCGAGCAAAGUGGAUCUCAUUUUGACAACGUCAUCGCAAAAGUGAAAGAAUUCUUCGGUCUCCUGCCUGAAGAGAAGAAAGCCGAAUUGAAGGCUAAUUUCAAGUUGAAAAAGAAGAUCGCAGAGCUUGAGGAUCGGCUCACUGAAGACCAGAAACACACGGUUGAGCACGUGCGUGAAGUGUGCUACGGUGUUUGGGAGCUGGAUGAGAGUACCCGAAGACGACGAGAUGAGCAUACGCAUGACAUCGAGGAAGGCAUGCAAAAGUUCCUGACGUGGUUGACCGACGAUCAGAAGCAGAAGGUCAAAGCAACGUAUGAGAGUGGUGAUCGAGAAGCGUUCUACAAAGAGAUCAUGACGAUGUUCGAGGCUUCAAGUGGGGAAGUGAAAGCCAAGGCUAGUGAGGAGCUGAAAGCGGCUUGUAAGCACUAUGGAAAGGAACUGAUGGGUGAGGACAAAGUGAAGGUUCUCAAGGAGAUGAAAGACAGCGGCGCGACCCAACGAGGCGAUCUCGCAGAAAAUCGAGGAGAUGGUUGA